UGGUGCUGCCCUUGGUGGGACACCCCGUUUGGGCCGUCCCUGGAGGGGGUGGCAGGGGGGGAUGUCCCCUGGGGUGUCCCCCAGUGAUGGCUCUUCCUCUGCUGCAGGACACGGGUUUCAGGUGGGCGACCCCGAGCCAGUCCCCGGAGGAGCACAGGAGGGUGGUGACGCUGGAGAAGAAGGCAGAGGAGUCUUUCGGCUUCGAGAUCCAGACCUACGGGCUGCACCACCAGGACAGGAACAGCGUGGAGAUGUUCACCUUCGUGUGCCGCGUGCACGGCGGGAGCCCGGCCGAGGCCGCGGGGCUCAAGGCUGGGGACACGAUCACGGGGGUGAACGGGCUGAACGUGGAGGGCGUCCGGCACCGGGAGAUCGUGGAGAUCAUCAAGAGCUCAGGGAACGUGCUCCGGCUCGACACGCUCUAUGGGACGUCCAUCCGGAGGGCGGAGCUGGAAGCCCGGCUGCAGUACCUGAAGCAAACACUCUAUGAGAAGUGGGGGGAGUACCGCUCGCUGAUGGUGCAGGAGCAGCGGCUGGUGCGGGGUGUGGUGGCCAAGGAUCCCAGUAUCUACGACACACUGGAGUCCAUCCGCUGGUGCCUGCAGGGGGAGGGGGGGCUGCCGGGGGGCUCCUCCCGCGCCAGUGGCAGCGACGACUCCCUGUACCAGACCUGCGUCUUCGCCUCCACCGACUCGCUGGAUGGGGACAGGGACAAGGAUGGUGACAAGGACAAGGAUGGGGACAGUGGGAGUCCCGCGCCACCCCCGCCACGCCCCCGGCCCGCCCUGACCCGCAGCGCCAGCCUCAAGUGUGCCGGGGGGGUGGGGGCCGCGGGGCGACUCUGGGCCCGGGCCGGGGACCCCGGGGAGGGGGCGGCCGCCCCCCGCAAGGGCCGACACAGCAGCUUCCGCCGGCGGCUGCUCAAGUUCAUCCCGGGACUGAACCGGGCACUGGAGGAGGAGGAGAGUCACCUCUAGCCGGGGGUGUCCCCCCCCCAGGACUAUUUAUUUAUUUAUUCCAAGGGGAUUCAUCCCCCCAUCCCCGGGGGAAGGAGGUUGGGGUUGGCCCCAGGGGUCCCGGUUUGGCCCCCCCCCCAGACCGGGGGGGUCCUGACACCGAGGGACAGACGUGACACCGAGGGACAGACGUGACACCGAGGGACAGACGUGACACCGAGGAACGGACGUGAGGACCCUCCCGAAACGGCUCACGGAGCCGUUGCUGCUCUCAGGAAUCAGUGCCCUCCUCCCUGUGGGCAUUGGGGGGCCCUGCAUCCCCCAGGUUUGGGGGACUGUGGGGGUCCCGCCCCCCCGGGGCUGUUGUACCGCGCCAGCGCUCGCCAAUA